CGCCAGCAUCAAGUCGCCCGGAAUUCCCGUGAAUUGAAUUUUCCAAUUUUCGGCGCAUCGGAACCAUGUUCUGCUGGUGCAGUCUGGUGUACGUGCUUUUCUUUUUUGCGUCGUUCGUGGCCAUCGGUCUGCUGACGGUGAGCAUUUUGUUGCGCCAGCUUAUAAAGUUCCAGCGGCGAAAACGGAGCGACGAGAAUGUGAAGCAUGUGGCUUUCUUCCAUCCGUACUGCAACGCCGGUGGCGGAGGUGAGCGCGUUCUGUGGUGCGCUGUGCGAGCGCUCCAGAACCGGUACGACGACGGUGUACGGCUCUACGUGUACACCGGUGACGUGGACGCAACGGCGGCGGAGAUAUUGGCGAAGGCGGAGCGCAAUUUCAAUCUCAAUCUAAACGCCGACCGCAUAUCGUUCGUCUACCUGCGAAAGCGCCGUUGGGUAGAGGCCGCAUGCUACCCUCACUUCACCCUGCUGGGACAAAGCAUCGGUUCCAUUGUUCUCGGAUUCGAAGCCCUGCUCAAGCUACAGCCGGACGUAUUCAUCGACACAAUGGGGUACGCCUUUACCUACCCGAUUUUUGCUUUCUUUGGCGGUUGCAGAAUAGGCUGCUACACGCACUACCCAACCAUCAGCACCGACAUGCUCCGGAGGGUGCAGUCGCAUACGCAAAGCUACAACAAUCGAGGUUAUGUAGCGAAAAAUCCGUUCGCUACGUGGCUGAAGAUCGUGUAUUAUCGCGUUUUUUCGCGAAUUUACGGCUGGGUUGGACGAUGCGCCGAUACCAUCAUGGUGAACUCGAGCUGGACCGAGAACCACAUCGUUUCGCUGUGGGACGUCCCGUACAAAACGCACCGAGUGUAUCCGCCCUGCGAGGUGUCGAAGCUGAAGCAACUUGAACCGGCGCGCAACUUUGGCGACGAGCGGCAACCGGACGACGAACGAAUAAUUAUCCUUUCGGUUGGCCAGUACCGGCCCGAGAAAGACCAUCCGUUGCAGCUGCAAGCCAUGUACGAGCUACGGACACUGCUCAACAAUGAUGAGGCACUGUGGAAUCGGCUUCGUCUGCUCAUCGUGGGAUCGUGUCGUGACGAGGAGGAUCGCGAGCGAGUGAAAAAUAUGCAGGAUCUGGCGAAACACUUGUCGCUGGAAAAUUCCGUCGAGUUCCGGGUGAAUGUACCGUACGAGCAGCUGCUUGAUUGCUACCGCCAGGCGACGAUUGGCUUGCACUGCAUGUGGAACGAACAUUUCGGGAUCAGUGUCGUCGAUUGUAUGGCGGCCGGAUUGAUUAUGGUUGCCAACCGUUCCGGUGGUCCACUGAUGGACAUAAUCGAAACUUCCGAAGGUAGCCAGAAUGGGUACCUGGCGUUCGAUGCGUAUGAUUACGCGCGAUGUAUAGCGACCAUCCUCUACAAUACGCCGCAGUACAACGCCAAGCUACGUGAAGCUGCCCGUGCCUCGGUAGAACGGUUUUCGGAGAAAGAGUUUGAAAAUGGAUUCCUUCGUGCCAUUUCUCCAAUCAUGGAUUAAAGCCUUCAAUGUUACGUUUAAUAUCGAAUUACACCUACACGGCACCGCGGAACGGCAUCUCAUCUCACAUCACCAACCAAAGCUCCUGGGCCAUAUGCAUUAUCAUGCGUAAGGUAGGAUUUAAGAGAUAAGACACAACGUGACUGUCGGCAAAGGCCACAUCUAGCCAGGUACAUAAGAAGCAUAGGUAGAUCUUGUUAGGUGUAGUUGGGAUGUUCUACAAAUAUGCUUAGCGUAUGUUACAAACUAUACUCACGCUUCUCAACAAAUAUUAGCUUUCUCCAAACAGACACAUAAUAGAUUUGAGCGCAUUACACAGCAUCCUGUGAACAUCUUUUUUAUCCUUUGACAAGAAUCGCAACAUUCAUUGAUUGGAAGCUAGAUCCAUCUCAUUUACUCGAUCGUUUGACUGUGAGAAAGCCAAUUACAAAUUUUACUGCCCAAAAGCAUCUACUUUUUAAUCGGCACCUAGUUAAAGUUGACAAACUGUAUAAACUAGCUACGCCCCUUAAAAAAUCCUCAUUUCUCCGUGUAUACAGUUCAUCUGUCCUGUAGCAUAAGCUGCAUGGUACGCGGUUCAAAUGGCAUAGCGUUACGGUCCUUUUCCGCUGCGCAAAUUCGCUAGGUUUCACUGCUGCCCGUAAUGCCACACGUAACUAGCUGUGGUCAUCCGUGGAUGAGCCCUUUAAUCCAAAUUGUUCUGUUAUGUAGUCGUUUCGUUAAAAACUUUUUUGAUCGAAUAUUGUUUAUUUUUCACUACACUGUAGGGUUUAUUCUAUGGCAUUGAUACCUAUAGUGAUUUGUUUUUACAACUAACCUCUUAAGUUGGUUUCACACCGAGAGCGUUUUUCAACACGCCAGAGUUGGCGUUUUUUGACGCAAAAGCUUAAACUCACUGAUCAGACUGGGCGCGAUGCGCAGUAAGCUACAAGUAAUUCUUUUUUGUAUAGUUUUUGUAUUGCGGGUCCCUAACAUCGUAGAUUUCAGGAUAGCUGCGCACUGUGUCGAUUAACUUUUCUAUAAACGAAGGGUUUGCCAUUUUAUCUGAUUGUAGAUUGAGCUCCUCAAAGGUGCGCGUCUCAAGCGGAUUUGUUUACCAACAAAACGACUGUAGCCGGCUGUCAGUUGGAAAAAACGCGGCAAUUCUGUGGAUUUCCACAGAUUCAAAAUCGAAAACGCUAACUUUAAGCUCCAUCGAAAGCUCCUAAAAAAGCUGCGAUAUUUUCGUGUGAACACUUGCUUAUAUUUUCAUACGAUACAAACGCGUUUUGACAGAUUGCGUCAAAAAACGCUCGUAAAACGCUGAGAAAACGCUCUCGAUGUGAAACCACCUUUAAAUUUGAAGUCCUUGGCUAAUUUAUUUCCCAUAUAAGUAAAUAUUCUGCUCUCCCUUACUAUUUAUUGGUAAAUUUAAACACGGUUGCGUGUUUGGUUGGUGCGGGACAGCGCUCGUUUCCGAGGCACUUUUGGAUACAGGAGCUGGUAAACUCACCUCCCUAACUUCUAGACAUUGAUAUGCAUCGACAUUCUGCCCAUGUAUGAAGUCUCAUAUGUUCCAUCAACCUCUUACUGACUUAAUCAAUGAUUACUAUAAAUAAUUUUAAACUUUUCGAUGUGCUUCUGGGACAUUCUAAAGCUUCCUCUAGUGCAUUUAGUUCGAUAAUGUUCGAGAAUUGUCCAUUUGCUGAUAAUUCAAAUUGUUUAAUGCUGUUUGCAUCUACAUGCAGUCUAUGUCAAUUUCCAAGUUCUUUAUUAAGGAACUUCUCGUACCGCAAAUCAAUCGACGAAAAUGAUUCUGCUCCGACCAUCACGGCGAUCGCGAUAGGAACCAACAAAUCAUGUAUGUUCCGGAUUUACUUUUUGGUGGAGGUUUUCUAAAUCUGCGUCGGCCAUUGCUACUGCAACUGUUGAUGAGUCUUGUGAGCCUGCUGCAGUAGCAUACAUUGAUGCUGCAGAUGCCGCUAAUGUAGCGUUUGCUGCUGUUGAUGGCUCUAAUCCUGUUACUGGCGGGGUGGGCCGAGAAUGACAGGCUCAACGCCGGAACGAUCCUGCUACCACCAGUGGUCGAUCCUAACUCGACGGCACUUGCAGUUUCUUCAGUAGAUUUAAAUCUACUUGUUAGUUGAAGAGCUGAUGGGUUCAUUACUUCAUUCGGAUUAAUAAAAAAAUUAAUAAAUAUCUUAUUGUAGAGGGUAUGAUAGCUAUCUACAUGAAAGAUGUUAUGUACAAUGUCAAAGAAAGUGAGAAAAUUCAAAUCGGAAACGGAUUCAGUCCACGAAUCGAAGAUAGCACCUUUUGCGACUUUUUUGAACCCGCUUUAUUUCCACCAAUCUUUUCCAUUUGAACAAUGAUAGCACGUGUCCGCGAGGCUAAAAAACUUUCGCUGCUUCUCGUAGCUUUUCUCCGACUGCCAUUCUACUCGUUUUUUCCUUACUCUCCCCGUUAUUCUCAAUAGGUGCUCGACUCCCUCUAUCAUCCUAUCUCUAAUCUCCUAUCUUUUGCACCGAGCAAGGGGAGACUCUACCUCUUCGUAACAAGCUGCAAACCCAAUAACCAAUGUUUUAAUCAUAUAAAAUGAAUUCUAACUUUUCUUUAAUGUAUUCCACAUGUUUUCAAUCGGGUUUAGGUCAGGACCUCGACUAGGCCAAGGUAACACUGACUCACUAUUUCCAACAAACCAUGCGUUCAUACGUUUGGAUCGUUGUAUUGUUGAAAUAUCCAUAUUAGUGGCAUGUUUUCCUUUACGUGAGGUAGCAUUAUCUCUUCCAUGAUUGAUUCGUCGUCGAGAGCAUUCGUGGUUCUUUUUGUUCUGUUAAGGGGACGCCCCACCAAACCAGCUAGAUUCAUUUGCAAGACCCUUAAUCUAGCGGGCACGUCCUGUCCAUCUGUGUCGAUAUCGUUGCUGGAACCACUCGUGCGCGGCGCCUCGCUGCUGAAUCCUUUGCCUGGGUCUUUACCAAGCGCUGAACAGUUCUCCCUCCUCAAGGAGACCUGCGCAAGGCCCUUUUUGAUCUAACUUCCUUCACUAGGUCCUUGACCAUGGCUUCAGCCAUCACGUCCAUCUCGAGGACGUUGAGGAAAAGCAUGCCCAACUCAGUGAUGAGCUUUUACUGUGGGUGUCCUUGCAAUAGAACGGAAUUGCGGGAUUCUUUUUCUUUUGGAUGGUCAUUUGUGACUAAUUAUUCUGAUCGCCCCCGGAACUCGGCUGCCAAGAGCGGCGACGUUGUCGCUAUCUCUGUCGCUUUGUAAUGCCCAAACUGCGCGAAGGGUUGCUUUCUUGCAUUUUUUUUAACUGCAGCGCACCCUUUGGAGUGUAGCGGUUGAAUAGUAGUUUAGUAUUUUGUUUACUUUCAACAAUAAUUUAAUCAAAAAGAUUCCUAAUUAGGGCAAUAUCGUCCGCUUUAGUUUCGUCGCCUCUUGUCACCUAAAUUGCCUCGAUCACAUAAGAAAGCUGUCAUCGAGCUGACUUUCUGAGACUUUGUAGUAUUCUCAUACUUCUACCAGAAUUAAUCAACAACAAUUCAUUUAAUUGUGUACUAAAAUGGCUUUCUUUUGUGAGAAUUGUGCUCUUCUAGUGAUGCGAGACUAAAGAUUUUUAAGUAAACUGUGCAACUAUGUUAAGUGCGAGGAACUCUCGUCUUAGUUUUUAGGCGAUCACUUGAGGAUCUUGUGUUGCUUUAGUUUUUGAUCACUCGCCACACGUUUUGAUCUGGAACUAGAACAUUUUCUUCCAACAUCGCAUAUUUGCUACGCGCAGCAUCUCUCCCAGCACUCGGAACUUUCAACACCCGACUAACUUUAUUUCUUAUCCAGUGACUUAACCUAUGUCUAUCCAACCUUAUUUACCAACGAUGUUAUGGCUAGCGAUCCCGACCGUACUUCUUUUCCCCGAUCCCCCCGACUUUACUAAUGGUAAUGUUUCAAAGUGCAUUCUGUGCCAAAUGUCUUAUCUACUUACUCGCUCUCUAUAGCAGGUAUGUCUGUUUGGAAAUUUUCGAUUAAAAAUAUUUGUCAAAAGUAUGUGUACAAUAGAUGAAAUCAACACUAAGCAUGUUUUGUAAUGUCCCAACAUUUUCCAUUAUGGAAAUGAUUGAUAAUUAGGCUUACAGUUGAUGAUAUAAUUCAAGGCAGUCACGUUGCUGUUAUUAAAGAAUUGUAAUUAAUCAACGGCGGAGUAUGAUGAUGCAUGGUGAUGAAAUCUAAUAAACAAGCUAGGCUAUGUUAUUAGGGGUUUUCUUUGUGACUUGACUGUAAAUAAGGCAGCGCAGCAAAAGGUUAGAUUGGUGCAUGAGAGAAGAAUUAGGACCUGAUGAAUCAAUUAGAUUACAGAUGAAGCUAAACGAUUUGAUUAGGUUGAUUAGGUAAACGUGAUGAUAAACUCAAUGCUAAAAAUGUCAACAGAAAGAAAUAAACAACCAAUAUCAAUUACCGACCAUUAUGGUCCAGGGGAAGCUGAGCUAAAUUAAGCAAACAAAUCGGUUGAGUAGGGUAUACUUUUGUUAAGGAAUUUUAGGGCAAACAUGGUUAGCGUAAUUGUUUAUUUAGAACCACGGCACAAAUACAUGUUAAUAAUCCGGACCAUGGAAUCUUAAUCAUUUGAUGUCUGUUAGAAACGAGGCGAGCCUUGCGGGUGCAACCUGAUAAGUACUUAGCCUCUGAAAUAUACAGAAACACAUCUUCCUUCCGAAAUUUGCUUCCUCUAAAACCACCUUAUUAGCACCACCCAUCAUUGUGGAACCAAACCUUUCUUGCUAUCUUACUCGCCGCACCUUUUGUUGAAGAUUGUUGAAGAGCUCUGCUAGAGUAGCUCAUCCGGUUAUGAAUCUAAGUGCAUAUUAGAUUGGCCACUAGCAUCGAGAGCAAUUGAUUAAAAUUAAAAUAAAGACGAUCAUGUGAUAAAUGAGGGUGAUUUAAAAUAAAAAUAAGUUGUUUUAAUUCAAGUCAAAAAUUAUCAUGUAUAGUAUCAAUAUAGUAAGUAAAUAAAUGAUAUAAUCCAUUGAAUC